AUGCGUUAUUGUUCAGGCAGCAAUCCCCAUAUACUCCAUGAGUCAUCAUUGCAUUCCGAAAAAAUUGGUGCGGCUUAUGGGCCGGCAUCGUCAUUGGGCCGUACUUCUUCUGUGAUGAUCAAGACCGGCACGUGCUUGUUUUCAUUUCUUCAAUUUCUUGGCCUCAACAUUGGUGAACCAUUAUUUGGCUACGAAAAUGUCCACAUUAAAGUGCAUGUACCAGAAGAAAUAUCACAUAGUAUUCACGAAACCUUAAUUUAUGAGCCCGCUAAUAAAAUUACUCAUCAUCAUCAUCAACAACAACACCGCAAAUAUCCACGGAAAUCAGCACGAACACAAAUACGACAUAAUCAAUAUGAUAAUUUACUGGAGGAUAUCUUAUUAGCGGACUUUAAAACUCCAACAGAUAAUACACAUUUUGAAUAUGUGAAACCUGAUGAUGAUAAAAAUGGGCAUUUAAGCCAACACACAGAAAGUUAUAGUAAUGACUAUGAUAAGGCGGCAUAUAAGAGACCAGUAAAAUAUAUAAACACCUAUAAAGUGAUCGAAUACAAGGAACCAAUUAAAAGCAAAAAUGUAUACCAACCACAACAUCAACACAAACGCCAACAUAAAACGAAAACACAUAAUGAGCUAUAUAAAAUUGCUGAGUCGAAAUAUCUACCACCAACUGCAGGCGAAGAGGAGCUACGCAACACAGUCGAUAGCAUAGAGCUUUACCAUUACCCAGUCAAAACGCAAACAAAGUCUACAAAACCGCUCACCCACACGAAAUUGAUUAAAUAUCAAGAACGAGUGAACGAUUACCAUAGCUUUAAGCCUGCCCACAAUAUAGAACCGCCUUAUUACUCGCAUAACGCUGAUCCAAGUCCACUUGCUGAUUUUAAGCUGAACACGAAUAUUUAUUUGCCACCAUACGAUACUCCGGCACUGUCAGCGGAUCAUACAGACACAGCGGCAGAUGAUUUGUUAAGACCCAAAGAAACUAUCACUUUGCCCAUUAAAGAGGCAGCAGACUUCCAUGCCCCAUUUCAGUCUCAUGCCUUUAAUAAUGUAGAUUUUAAGCCCUUCAUUGGCGACAUGUACCUACCUGUUGGGGAAGACAGUUCCAUUACACAUGAAGCAGCUGAGACUUACACGGGCAUCGAUAGCUAUUCUGCAAGUCAUGUGCAAGGUCUAGAUUAUCUCAGCAAUUCACCCUAUCGACGCUGGAGUUCGUUUAUUUAA